ACGCUGAAGAACUGUACGCCGAAACAACUUUCCGAGCAGCUCGGCUGGACUUCUCAGGCUGCUGAGAGCCUCAGGCGUUCCCAGGAAGCUUCUGCAUGAAAGCCAGCCAAGACCAACCAAUUACCAAGGAUUCCAGAAGCCACAUUUCCCACUGCGGCCAAGAGCAUUUGAUCCCAAUGUUAUAAGAGAUGGUGUGUUCCUUUCUGAUGUCUCCCCUUCCAGUAUAGGACGAGCUCUCCCAGCAGAGAAGAAGAAAGGGAGAUCAGCCACCUUCUACCCUGCAGACAACACUCCCUUCCCACCUCCCGUGGAUGAGACACAGCCGCCGGCGAUCGACAGCAGCAUGGAGCCCGUGGGCGUUAGCACAGAGAUGGCUUUGCUCAGCAACAUCCUGGCAGCAUAUGCCUUUAUCACAGAAAACCCCGAGCGCGCUGCUCUCUAUUUUGUCUCUGGUGUGUGCAUUGGACUCGUCUUGACCCUGCUGGCUCUGGUGCUAAGGGUGUCCUGCCGAACGGACUGCAAACGCUCCUCCACCAAGAAACCUCCUCGGGAGCGGGAGAGUGACAGUGACAGCAGUGACAGCGACGACGAUUCGGACACCACUUCGGACCUGUCAGCCCGCAGGCACCGCAGGUUCGAGAGGACUUUGAACAUGAACGUCUUCACCUCGGCAGAGGAGCUGGAGCGGGCUCAGCGGCUGGAGGAGCGGGAGCGCAUCAUCCGGGAGAUCUGGAUGAACGGCCAGCCGGACAUCCCCGGCACCAGGAGCCUCAACCGCUACUACUAAGCCAUGGCCAGCCCAGCCGCCUGGCUUGCACCCUGGGCACCCUCCUGACAGAGGAGAGGGAGGGAAGGAAUCUUUUGUGGGUGUCUCCCCUUUUCCUUUCAGGCAUGCUACCUGGAACAGUGGGGAUGGACAGCAGUAAAGCUUUCCCCAUCUUCCUCUCCCUGACAUAUUUUUAUCACCCUUCUCCACAGACAUUUUCUGUUUUCUGCUGAGGUGGCUUCCAACUUCAUUUCUUAGUAACAGGAAGGAAGGCGACAGUUACAUCCCUCCCCCCGUGGGACGUGGGGUUUGGCAUGCUGUGGUACAAGUGCUCCUCUCUUGGCUGGGGAGAGAACUUGUCCAGGUUUUGGUAUUCAUUUAGGAUUUCUUUUUUCAUUUCCCUCUCCUGAUGACUGUGGGAGAACUGUGAAUAAAAUGACGUAUCUGGAAAGAUGAUCUGGGAAGAGAGGGGGAGAUGCAUCCUGACCGAUGGUCUUGUGACUUGAGAAGCCAUGAGAUAAACCUAACAGCAAA